CCCAUCAUGACCCCCAACCCCCCCCCCAGCUCCCAGCAGCACGAUGUGGCACGAGGCGAGGAAGCACGAGCGCAAGCUGCGUGGGAUGAUGGUGGACUACAAGAAAAGGGCAGAAAGGCGUAGGGAAUACUAUGAGAAGAUUAAAAAGGACCCGGCCCAGUUCCUGCAGGUGCACGGCCGUGCCUGCAAGGUGCAUCUGGACUCGGCCGUGGCGCUGGCAGCAGAGAGCCCUGUCAACAUGAUGCCGUGGCAGGGAGACACCAACAACAUGAUUGACCGCUUCGACGUGCGGGCACACCUGGAUUACAUCCCCAUGUACACCCCCCCGCUGCUCAACCCCGUAUGCAACUACGAGCGCUACCGCGGGCUGGUGCAGAACGACUUCGCGGGCAUCUCAGAGGAGCAGUGCCUCUACCAGAUCUACAUCGACGAGCUCUAUGGGGGGCUGCAGAAACCCAAUGAGGAUGAGAAAAAGAAGUUGGCAGAGAAAAAGGCGUCCAUCGGGUACACCUACGAGGACAGCACCGUGGCCGAGCUGGAGAACGCGGCGGAGAAACGCGGCGACGAGGAAGACUCCGAGGAAGACAGCAACACAGAUGAAGAUGAAGUCAUCCCCGAUAUCGACGUGGAGGUGGAUGUGGAUGAGCUGAACCAGGAGCAGGUGGCCGACCUCAACAAGCAGGCGACCACCUACGGCAUGGCUGAGGGGGAUUUCGUACGGAUGCUGAGAAAGGACAAAGAGGAGGCAGAAGCCAUCAAAAACGCUAAAGCUUUGGAGGAGGAGAAGGCCAUGUAUUCGGGCCGCCGCUCACGUCGACAGAGGAGGGAAUUCCGAGAGAAGCGCCUCAAAGGGAGAAAAAUCNNNCCCCCCCCCCACAGCUCCCCCUCGGAAUCCACCUCGGAGUCCCGCUCCCGCUCCCGCUCCCCUUCCCCCGGCCACGAGGAGAAGAUCACCUUCAUCACCAGCUUUGGGGGCAGCGAUGAAGAGGCAGCCUCCGCUCAAUCCGCAGCCGGCGUCCCCGGCAAAACACCGGGCAAAGCACGCGGCGCCGUGGGGCAGCAGGGCAGCGCCAGCGCAGGUCAUAGCGCCUCGUCCCGGCGCCGCUCUUCGUCCUCCUCCUCCUCUCCGUCCUCCUCCUCGUCCUCCAGCUCCCGCUCCAGCUCCCGCUCGCACCGCGCCGCCCCCCACCACCGCUGCGGCCGUUACCGCCGCUCCCGCAGCCGCCGCUACUCGCGCUCGCGCUCCCGCAGCCGCCGCUAUUCCGGAGGGGGCUCCCGUGAUGGCCGCCGCCGUUCCCGUUCCUAUUCCCCGGAUAGAGGGCAUCGCUACGGCGCCCGGCGGCGAUCCCGGACCCGUUCCCGUUCCGCUGACCGCUAUCGCCGCGCUGGCCGUUCCAACCGGCGCUGGAGCAGCAGCAGCCGCAGCGGCAGCGCCACGCCGAGCCCCGCCAAAUCCGCGUCCCCGGUGCGCGAGAAAGCACCCAGACCCACAGCAUCCCCAGCCGUGGGGGAGAAACUGAAAAAGGCGGACGCGUCUGCUGGUAAAGAGACGGGAGCUGCCAAACCCAAACUGACGCCGCAGGAGAAGCUGAAGCUGCGCAUGCAGAAAGCGCUCAACAGGCAGUUCAAGGCAGACAAGAAGGCUGCCCAGGAGAAGAUGCUGCAACAGGAGCACGAGCGCCAGGAGCGUGAGGACGAGCUGCGAGCGAUGGCCAGGAAGAUCCGGAUGAAAGAGAGGGAACGGCGUGAGAAGGAAAGGGAGGAAUGGGAACGGCAGUACAGCAGGCAGAGUCGAUCCCCAUCACCCCGUUACAGUCGGGAGUACAGCUCGUCCAGGAGGUGAGUUGCCCCCAGA